UCCGUGACGGGCGCGGCGCAUCCGGGGGCGGCCAACCCUGACUCCAGAUCCACGUCUCGGCGCCUCCGCUUCUUUCCACGCGUUCCCUGCUCCCCCCCCCUUGGGCCGCGCACACGCCGCGGGCCAUGAUUUGCACGCACCCCUCUUGGACGCACCCCUCUUGGCCGCCCCCGACGCCUCCUGGGCGCGGCUCCGUUUUCCGUAACAUCCCAUACGGGAAGGCUGGUAGAUGGGAGGACCCGCGGCCAGCGUUUUGGCAGGGAGCCUUGGAUGCCAGCAGAAGCAGAGUUUCCUGUAUGCAGGAUGCUGGCGACUCCAACACCAAGGCCGUCGAGGACUGCCUCAACCUAGACAUCUUCACGCCAGCAGCCGCAGGCCAGCGGCCAGUUCUGCUAUGGUUUUAUGGCGGUGCCUUCGUGGCAGGAGCUGCCGCAGGCCUCUCAGCGGAGGCCGCCUGGCCCCUGGUGGCCGAGCAGGACUGUGUGCUGGUCGUGCCGGAUACGCGCGUGGGAGCCUUCGGCUACCUAGGGAGCGAGCGCGCGCGCAGGAACUCCACGGGGAACUGGGGCACCCUGGAUCAGCUGCUGGCACUGGCAUGGGUGAGUGACAACAUAGCUUACUUUGGUGGAGACCCAGGCCGCAUUACGAUCGGAGGCUGGUCGUCGGGCGCGGCUGCCGCGAGCGUCCUUCUGAGUUCCCUGGGCGAGUCGCAGCCACUGCAGGGCGCUAUCAUGAGCAGUGGUGGCUUUACUGAUUGGGCAGCUUUCGGCAUGAAGACGGCAGAAGAGAACUAUGACGCUUUGCUGAAGGCUGUGGGGUGCCAAGCGAGCCCUGAGUGUCAGAGAGAGGGCCCCGCGUGCUCCUGCCUCCUCACCGUCCCUGCGGAGUCUUUGGUCGCUGCAGGAGAUGGUAUCAGCUGGGCGCCCAUCAUUGAUGGUAUUCUGGUGAAGCUGAGUCCUAUGGACGCGCUCAGGGCCGGCAAAGUGAAAAGCGUGCCUAUCAUCCUGGGCUCCUGCCUGGAGGAAGGUAUGGCGGCUCUCCCCAGCGACGCUACGCCCGCAGACUUCAAGAGCUGGGUAAAGGGUAUUGUGCCAGAAAGCCCACCUCCGAGAGGCCUUCGACCUGUACAUGGGUGCUGCCGCGGUCCCCGCCCUCGAUGGCGUGCACCGCGGCCACUCGCCCGCGUACUGGGCCAUGCGGCGGGCUGCGGGAGACCGCGGCAUGACCUGCGUGGCGCGGAGGGUGGCGGCGGCAUGGCCGCGACAAGCCUUCCAGUACGUCUGGGAGAUCGAGCAGGUUCCCUGGCGAGGACACCUCCGGCUUCGGCCCCGGCUUCGCGCACGAGGCCGACCAGCGCUUCCUCUUCCAGGCGGAGCUGCCGGCGGCCUGGUUGCCGACGGCCCGGGCGCUACAGCAGAAGGUCGGGGCCUUUCUGCACGGGAGCUACGCUGAGUUGGCCCCGUGGCCAGUGGGCGAAGGCCAGGGGCUGAUCUUCCAGGACCACGGGCCCGUAGCGUCCAGCAUCCGGUCGGCGCAGUGCGACUUCUGGGACGGCCUCGGCGUUGGUGCCUUCCUAACGGGGUGCUUCUCCCGCCGGCGCAGUGCGUGGCCGGAGGCGUCGGAGUGCCGAUGGGCCGGCUCCUCGGGCUGUCGUGCCGUGCCGUGCGACGGGUGGGCAGGUCGAACGCGCACUUCAAGGGGGGGGGGCCCGUGGGACCCCUCGGCCGCACGUGUUAGGUUUUUUUUUCUUCUUGCGAUUUUGGCGAGGCCCGCCUCGGGGCGCGCGAGGCGCGCAGAUUUGUGGAGCACGGCUGCGCAGAUGCCGACGCCCGUGCAUUGCGGGUGCUGUGCUGUGGUCUGUUCUCUUCGAGCAGGUUGCGUUUUUUCGCAGCGUUCGCGGCGUCGUCGGCAGACGUGUCGCCGCUGUCAGCACAUUGUGGCAGUUUCGGAUGAUGAGGAGG